GAUGACUUUGUCUGGUUCACUUUUUAUGAUGCUGGUUUCCAGCUUGAUUUUGGCUCAGAGUACCAGUCAGAAUCCUGAAACAGGAAGAACUGAUGGAACAUUAUUCCCUGUGUAUGACCUGGUGAAAGAACUUGGUGCCAUGAGAGAAAAACAAGGAGCCAUGGAAACCAGGUUGAAGGAGAGUGAAAGCCAGAUUGUUGAGCUGAAGAGCAAAGAAACAACCAGUGUGGCAUUCGCCGCUACAUCAGGAGGAGGAAGAGAGGGUGCAGCCAUCGGACCAUUCGGCACAGAUAGAACUCUUGUCUUCAGAAGAGUGUUAUCAAACCUGGGCAAUGGCUACAAUUCUGAGACAGGUGUCUUCACUGCACCUGUAGCAGGCACCUACUACUUCUUCAUGUCCCAUCACGCUGGAGGACAACACAUAGUGAGUCUUACCCUCAUCAGGAACAGUGAUGCUAUAGUGCAGACCUAUGACCACGCAUCAACAGCAGACACAGCUGAUAAUGGAAGCAACGCGGCGGUCCUGCAGCUGCAGCAAGGAGACCUGGUGUAUGUGCGCUUGGAUGCAAAUACACAUGUCUGGGGAAAUGAUUUAGUUACCACAUUCAGUGGUUUUCUGCUCUGAAAAAACUGAGAACCUAAACAGGAUUCAUUAUAAUUAUUUUAUUCUAAUGGCCAAGCUAAUUUAAAAGCAACUUAUGAUAGACUGUAAGCAGUGUGAAGGGCUCAGUCAGGUUAGAGAAAACAGGAAUAAGGAUCCUCAAUCACAGUGUUUUAAAUAAUGUCUGUAUUCUUACCAAAUAUUACAAACCUUUGAAAGUUGCCCUUAAAUACAUCAAACAAUUGCUGUGUUCAGGUUCUUGUUUUCUUUUACAGUUACUCUCUUUUACAGCUUGUUUAGGGGCUUUGAAGAUAGAUCUGGAUGAACAAUCCUCAGUUAUCUG